AUGGGGAGAAAUUCUAUCAUCUUCUUCAUUAUUAGUACUCUCCUAUUCACAAUUAGGGUUUCAUCUUCGAGACCCAUAACUGCUAACUCCGAUCAAGUUCCACCGACCGGAGAAUUCAAUGAAUUCAAUACCGGUGGCCUCAGUCGUGAAAGCUUUCCCGAUGGCUUCGUUUUCGGAACAGCAACUUCUGCUUAUCAAGUAGAAGGCAUGGCCAAUCAAGGAGGUCGUGGACCAUGCAUUUGGGAUACUUUUGUUAAAAUUCCAGGAAUGGAAGCCGAGGGUGCUAAUGCAGAUGUCGCGGUUGAUCAAUAUCAUCGAUAUAAAGAGGAUAUAGAUUUAUUGAAAAAUUUGAAUUUCGAAGCUUAUAGAUUUUCAAUUUCAUGGUCCAGGAUCUUCCCAAAUGGAACUGGAGCAAUUAAUCAAGAAGGGGUUGAUUAUUAUAAUAGAUUGAUCAAUUACAUGGUUGAGAAAGGCAUUACGCCGUAUGUUAAUUUAUAUCACUACGAUCUUCCACAAGCACUUCAAGACAAGUACUUGGGAUUGUUGAAUCGUCAAGUUGUGAAGGAUUUUACGGAUUAUGCAGAGUUUUGUUUUAUGACAUUUGGAGAUAGGGUUAAGAAUUGGUUAACAUUCAACGAGCCUCGAGUGAUA